AUGGAAGAAACGUAGAUUAGUUUUCUGUUGGAUAAGGAUUAAGGAGGAGUCUCGAAUUUGAUUCAAACAUUUGUCCUAAGCAAACCUGCGAACAAACAAUCAUGUUCUUACACGAGUAUAACAUUACCAUGGGCUGUAUGGGUCCCAUGUAAUAUAGGCUUCUGACUCGCUUAUUCUUGAAAACCAGAAUACGCAAAAAGAAAUGGUGAAUCCAAAGUUCACAAGAGUACCUAGCAUGAGGGAGAGAGUUGAGGAUACUCUCUCUGCUCACCGUAAUCAGCUAGUUGCUCUCCUCUCUAGAUACGUGGCGCAGGGGAAGGGGAUAUUGCAACCUCACCACUUGAUCGAUGAAUUCAACAACGCUGUAUGUGAUGACACUGCUUGUGAGAAGCUCAAAGAUGGUCCCUUUAGUGAAGUCUUGAAAGCUACUCAGGAAGCCAUUGUGCUGCCACCAUUUGUUGCCAUAGCAGUUCGUCCAAGGCCAGGUGUUUGGGAGUAUGUUCGUGUUAAUGUAUAUGAUUUGAGUGUUGAACAAUUGACUGUUCCUGAAUAUCUUCAUUUCAAGGAAGAACUUGUGGAUGGAGAGGGUAAUAAUCACUUUGUGCUUGAGCUGGAUUUUGAGCCAUUUAAUGCAUCAGUUCCUCGUCCAACACGCUCGUCAUCCAUUGGCAAUGGAGUCCAAUUCCUCAAUCGUCAUCUGUCCUCAAUUAUGUUCCGCAGCAAAGACUCUCUGGACCCCUUACUUGAUUUCCUUAGAGGACACAGUCAUAAAGGAAAUGUCUUGAUGUUGAAUGAUCGUAUACAGCGAAUCUCCAGGCUGGAGUCUGCUCUUUCUAAAGCAGAGGAUUAUCUCUCCAAGCUAUCACUAGAUACAUCCUAUAAUGAGUUUGAAUACGCAUUGCAAGAAAUGGGCUUUGAGAGAGGUUGGGGUGAUACUGCCAGACGUGUUUUGGAGACGAUGCAUCUGCUUUCUGACAUUCUUCAGGCUCCGGAUCCAUCAACCUUGGAGACAUUUCUUGGUAGACUACCUAUGGUGUUCAAUGUCGUCAUAUUAUCCCCUCAUGGAUAUUUUGGCCAAGCAAAUGUCUUGGGUUUGCCCGACACUGGUGGCCAGGUUGUCUACAUACUGGAUCAAGUGCGUGCCUUGGAGGCCGAAAUGCUUCUUAGAAUAAAGCAACAAGGACUUAACUUCAAGCCUAGAAUCCUCGUUGUCACACGGCUGAUACCUGACGCUAAAGGAACCACGUGCAACCAGAGGUUGGAGAGGAUUAGUGGAACUGAAUACUCGCAUAUUUUACGUGUCCCUUUUAGGACAGAGAAGGGAAUCCUUCAUAAAUGGAUAUCUAGGUUUGAUGUAUGGCCUUACCUGGAGAAGUUCACCGAGGAUGUGGCAAGUGAAAUGACUGCUGAGCUCCAGGGAAAGCCAGAUCUAAUUAUUGGCAACUACAGUGAUGGAAAUUUAGUUGCCUCCCUUUUGGCAUAUAAAAUGGGUGUCACACAG